AUGGCGAAGAAACCGGCGGAGAAGAAGCCUGUAGCAGUGGCGGAGAAGGCUCCGGCGGAGAAGACGAGGGCGGAGAAGAAGAUCCCGAAGGAGGCAAAGGCUCCGGCAGAGAAGAAGAUCCCGAAGGAGGCACCUUCGGUGGAGAAGAAGAAAAAGAAAAAGUCGAAGAGCGUGGAGACUUACAAGAUCUACAUCUUUAAGGUGCUGAAACAGGUUCACCCUGACAUCGGGAUUUCAAGCAAGGCAAUGGGGAUAAUGAACAGCUUCAUCAACGAUAUCUUCGAGAAACUCGCACAGGAAGCUUCUAGGCUCGCUCGCUACAACAAGAAGCCAACCAUCACUUCUCGCGAGAUCCAGACCGCCGUUCGCCUUGUUCUCCCCGGUGAGCUUUCCAAACACGCCGUUUCUGAGGGCACCAAGGCUGUCACCAAGUUCACCAGCUCUUGA